CCAAGGGCCCUGUGAAAAUUAAUUUAGUUUUGCAAACAUAUGAAACAGACCAUCAUACAAGUUCACGCAAAUCUUAAAUGUCUUUUAACACGAUCGUUUUAAUUAGAACGAUAAAUAAAUGUUGACCACAUUUCAUUUUGACCUUGACAACCUGUUGCGGAACAACCUUCACUGAAUAUACAGGCAGCUGGCGACUUCCCCGGUUAAGGUUUCACAAGUUGUGUGUUUAAAAAAAACAAGAACGGGGAAAGUAGGCAUGUGCUCCAACAAAAGGCAAAUCGGUUUUGGAAUGAGAGAGCUCACGUGACGGAAUAAACCACAACACUGGCAGCCCCGCUCCUUCUCGUGCAUCACACACGGCGCCGUGGAAACAAACAGGGCAGACGAGACGAGGGAAACAAAACACUAAGAAAGAAAUUCACUCUCCGCUGCUCCCGACACCGCACAUGAUGGACGGUUAUGCUAUGUCUGAAGACGCCUUGUUUUCCUCGUGUCUCCUCAACUUCCCCGGGGAAAAUUCACACGACCAGUGUGCUGCCUUGGUGGGUGAAGACCAGCCCCUCUGCCCGGAUCUCCCGGAGCUGGACCUCUCCGAGCUCGAUGUCAGUGACCUGGAUGCCGACAGUUUUCUGGGCGGGCUCAAGUGGUACAGCGACCAAUCGGAAAUCAUCACCAGUCAGUAUGGCAACGAGACGUCAAACCUGUUCGAGAAGAUUGACGAGGAGAGCGAGGCCAACCUGCUGGCGGUGCUGACGGAGACGCUGGACAGCAUCCCGGUGGACGAGGACGGCCUGCCCUCCUUCGAAGCCCUGACUGAGGGAGGCGUGGCCAGCGGCGGCGAAAGGACCUGCCCCUCCCCCGCCGCCACGCCCACCUGCCCCGCCCAGACGCCGGAGUCCGAGGAGCCCUCCCUGCUGAAGAAACUCCUGCUUGCUCCCGCCAACGCGCAGCUGAGCUACAGCGCGCGCGCGGGCGGCGCGGCGCAGAACCAUGCAGCUGCCAGCCAGCGGAGCAGACCGCCGUCCGCCGCCCUCGCCAAGCUGGAGAACCCCUGGAGCAGCCGGCAGAGGGGGGGUCCCUGUGCGCAGCAGAGCCGGGGGUCCCGGAGGCCCUGCGUGGAGCUGCUCAAACACCUCACCUCCGGCGGGGACACGCCCCACCCGGCCACGCCCCACCACACCAAAGCACAGAGGAGCUGCACGGACACGGGCGGGGCCGCCUCCUCUUCGCCCCCCUCCUCAUCCUCGCCGUCAUCGUCCUCCUCGUCCGCCUCCUCGUACUCCUCUCUGUCCUGCACCUCCUCCUCCUCCUUGUCCUUCAAUUCUGCUGCCUCGUCCUCCUCCAAGAAGAAGACAUCGACGUCGCCGCAGCAACAGCAGCAUCAGCAUCACCAGCGAGUAGGUGACCUCGACCCCCCCGUCCCACACAGACAGGCUCUCGCGACCCCCCCUGACGACCAGGUCCUCCCGCUGUUAGCCAAACCAACCACCUUGCCACUUCCUUUGACCCCAGAGUCUUCAAAUGACCACAAGGAGUCACCGUUUGAGAACAAAACCAUUGAGCGUGCACUGAGCGUGGAGCUGUCCGGAACUCCAGGUCUGACUCCGCCCACCACACCUCCUCACAAAGCCAGCCAAGAGAGUCCUUUCAAAGCUACGAUCAAAACCAAAGCGUCCUCUCCCCCGACCUAUCAGAGAGCCGGCUCCCCGUCCCCGGCCAAUCAGAGGGCCGGCAGUGCUGACCCCGCCCCCUGCCUGCUGCCGGCGGGCGGGAUGAGGAGGGACCCCCAGCAGAGCGAGCUGUAUGCCCAGCUCAGCCGGGCGUCGGCCCCGCCCCCCCCACGGGGUCCGGAGGACCGCAGGGGGAAGCGGCCAAUCCAGCGCCUGUACGGUGACCAUGACUACUGCCAGGCCUCCGCAGCGGCCAAGCGGGAGCCCCCCGCGGAGCCUUCCUCCUCCUCCUCCUCCUCCUCCUCUUCUUCCUCGGCCUGGCAGCGGGCGGACAGGGAGAGGAAGGGGGGCGAGGGCCCGCCCCGUCCCACCAGACCCCCGCCCCCCUCCGGAAACCCGUCCGGCCCUCGGAAGCUCCUGCGAGACCAGGAGAUCCGGGCGGAGCUCACCCGGCACUUCGGCCUCCCCAGCCAGGCCCUCUGCGGCGGGGAGGAGGGGGCGGCGCAGGGCACAGCGCCCCCUGUGGCGCGGGAGGACUGGCGCACGGGGGAGGACUGCCCCAGCGGGCUGCCGGGGGGGUGCCUGACCCCCGGCCUGGUCCUGGACGGAGUUUUGGAGGACAGCGAGGAGGAGAUGGAGCGCUUCCUCUUCCCCUGGGAGGCGUCGCACCCCGACCUGCUGCUGGAGGCCUCCUCCCCGUCCUGCUCCCCGUCCAGCUGCUCCCCCUCGCGGGGCUCCGUCUCCCCGCCCAAAUCUCGCCUGUCCCCCCAGCGCCUGCGCUGGUCCAGGCCCAGGCCCAGGUCCCGGUCCCGGUCUCGAUCACGGUCCCGCCCCAGAACCGGGACCCACCGCCAUUCUCCCCGACGCUCCUACUCCCGCUCACCCAGCUCACGGCUGCGCUCCCGGUCUCCAUGCCAACGCUCAUCCUCACGGACCCGUUGCCAUGGAGACUCCAGCACUUCCAGGACCAGGGCCCAGAGAAACCCGAACGCUCGGCCCCGGUCCCAGUCCCGCUCCCCCUCCACCCGCCGGCCUAGGUAUGACAGCUAUGAGGAGUACCAGCAGGAGUGCAUGCAGAGGGAGGUGUACCGCAGGGACUACGAGAAGAGGGAGUAUGAGAGAGCCGAGCAGCGGGAGAGACAGCGGCACAAAGCCAUAGAUGAGAGACGGGUGGUGUACAUCGGGCGGCUGAGCUCUGACAUCACCCGAUCGGAGCUGAAGCGCCGCUUUGAGGUCUUCGGCGAAAUCGAGGAGUGCACCGUCAACCUGAGAGACGACGGGGAUAACUUCGGCUUCAUCACCUACCGCUACACCUGUGACGCCAUGGCGGCCCUGGAGAACGGACACACCCUGCGCCGCGCCAAGGAGCCCAGGUUCGAGAUGUGCUUUGGCGGACGCAAGCAGUUCUGCAGAUCGACUUACACAGACUUGGACUCACACACGGACGACUUCGACCCGGCCUCCAUAAAGAGCAAGUACGACUCCCUGGAUUUCGACAGCCUGCUGAGGGAGGCGCAGAGGAGGUAACGGGCCGACCCGACACCUCCUCCUCCUCCUCCUCCUCCGGCCCCGCCCCCGGGAGACGCACCACCGCUCCUCCACCGCGCCCCCCCCCCCCCCCCCCCCCCCCCCCCCGCACGCGAGCGUCGCCUCGGAGACCAGAGGUGUCUCCUUGCGCUGCUGCGCGCACGAAAACGAAAAAGAAAGAAAGAAAGAAUAAAGAAGGGGACAGAAAAGAUUAAAGUUUACACGACAAACACAUGCUGCCGGAGGACCGGGAAGCUCCGCCCUGUACGGGGAAUCGCCAUGGAAACCCCAUUGGCCACGCCCCCGACGUGGGUCUCAGCGGACAGACGCACAGAAAGCAGGGAAGAUGGCUUCCUCGUCCCCCUCCCACGCAACAUCGGUGUGCAGCCUGUUUUCUUUUUUGAUCAUCUUUUUCUUUUUUUUUUUCUUUUUUCCUUUUUUUUUGUGGUUUUAAAAUCUGAUAUUUGGAUGUGGCGUUACAUUAUUAAAACUCGGGGCUUGGGUUCCAGUGGGGAUGGGGGGGGUGGGGGGGAGAGAAUCAUAAGAUAUCGAAGGUAAUAAGAAGAUUUUUGCCUACAUUUGCUGCAAAUGUAGCUGUGUCUUUUAAAAUUCUAUUAAAAUAUUAACGGAGUUCAGACAGAAAAUUAUUUUUGUUUUGUGUACAUAUCUGGUAAAGCUCUUUCUUUGUUACAGCUAUGCACUGUAAAAUGCAGCCUUUCUAAAUGAUGGCAAUUUUCAUAACAACGAAUGUUGAUCUGCGGAUAUUACAUAAAUACAUUGAAGUGAAAUGUGAUUUUCAUUUAACAUGACAUUUCAAGUGUGUGAUAUGAGUAUAGAAAAGUGUAUUGAAUUGAAUCUUGCUUUAUGGGGGUUGGGGGGAGGGUGGAUGGGUUGGAUUUUUUUAGUUUUAUUUUUUUAGUGUGGGACAAAAAAACUGUUGUUACAUGUCUACUAUAGUUUGUGUUGUUUUUUUAAAUCUCUUUAUAAAAUUCCCCACUCCAUAGUUUAUCCAAAUGCAACCAAAUGUGAAACACUUUUUUAUGUUUUUCAUGAUUGUAAAUGUAAACAUUUCUAGGGUUCUGUUUUAUCUAUUUCUGCCUUUUAAUUAAUAUAUUUAUAUUAUCUCCAUUGUGGGUGGGGGAACCUUACAAAUUUAGCUAUUUAUUUGCAUAUUUAAUUUUCUUAUUACACUGAACCUGGGGGAGGGGGGUAUAGAAAGUAUAAAUGUUUAUAAUAUUUUUUAUGCCUUUUCAGAAAAAAAAAAUGAUUAAUAUAAUCUCAUCAACUAAGAACCCUCAUAACCUGUGCUGCUUGUAGCUGACGAACCUGCUGUACACAGCUUUAAAGGUUUUUUUUUCAACUCCCUUGUGGUCUUUUGUAAUUAGUCCUAUAGCAAUAAGAAUGAUUUUGCAGGUAUUUUGCUUACGCAUAUCUUCUGUUGAGAUGUGCUUGAUUAUGUGAAUGCCCAACAAACGGUUUACAAAGGCUUUCCCUUUCCUGGAUUUUUUUAAAAGAAUGUCAAUAUUGUUGUACACAAAAUAAUAUACUGUUGCCACUAUGAAAAAUAAUGAUGAAGCUUAUUUUAAAAUGAAGGAGAAAAAAAAUGAAAGAAAAAAGCAAUAAAUUAUUUUUUAAAACGGUUGUAUUUUAUCUUUUAAUGUUGUGCAGGCUUUGGACCCGACUCAUUACCCAACUGUUCACCACUGUGUGUGUGUGUGUGUGUGGUGUGUGUGUGUGUGUGUGUGUGUGUGUGUGUGUGUGUGUGUGUGCGCGUGCAUGCAUGUGUGUGUUUGUGUGUGUGCGUAUUUACGUGCAUGCACGCGUGUGCACAUGUCUGUGCGUGUAUGUGCCUACAUGCGUGUGUGCGUGUGUGUGUGUGAAUGGAGUUGGAGUUACCUAGAAGUCGGAGAUCUGCUGUGGUGUAAUUUUCCAGUGCCUAGCCUUGGUAACCAAUGCAUACGAUACAUGCACAGAAUGUGGCUCAGUGGCUGAAAAGAGUUGUGAAAUGUGGACUCAUUUGACAUUGGUGGAAUAUUCAGUAUUCUUCGUGGCUCAGUCAGAUAUCGCAUCGCCUGUUUUGUGACUCGAAAAGGCAAUCUUGCCUUUUCCAGCUUAAUUAAAAGUCCCGCCACCGCGCAGCUGCUGAUAAUGAGAUUGCUAGCGGGUGAGGGAACCUCUUUUUACGGAUGCUUGCUGAUCGCAGAUCAUCUUUCGUCAAACAGAGGAAAGUAAAUCUAUAUUUGUAUGAUUUUCCCUGAUCCGAGCGUGGGUAAUGAUGUUGUGUGUCCUAUUCUGUAGAUGUUGACUCCUAAUUCACUGUAAUGUAAAAAAUAAAUAAAUAAUAAUAAUUAAAAAUCUGCUUUGUAAAUUGCUUAGAGUAGCCGUGUAAUUGGGACACCUGAUCAUGAUGAUGGUGAUGAUGAUGAUUAUUUUGUGAAAUACAGGGGAACUGAGUGCUGCAUAUACGUGUUUUUAGGAGAUGGUGUUUCUUUCAGGUGAAUGAUGAGCGGGAGGGUUUGGGGGUUCUGGGGUUUCGGAGUUUUGGGGUUCUCCAUUCUGGGGUUUUGGGGUUUGCAUCCUGUCGCGUUGUAAGUUCAUGUCCUCUCCAUGUUGCCUUUCACCCGCUCCUUACCAACGCCUCUGUCUCUCUACCUGUUGUAUGAAUUUCUUGUGGAUUUUAAUUUUCUUUUUUUCUUGUUUUUUUUUUUUCUUUUUAAAUGUGCAGUUCUCAUCAGCCGCACCGAGCCAAUAAAGGGAAAAAUGAUCCACAAAAAGA